AUGGCUAGGGAGACGUUGAAGACACUACAGUCCAUGUUUGGAGAAAUGGUUGCCUCUUUUGUUUUUGGAUUUGCCGUUUAUUCUGCCGUUCUAGGGUCUACCGUUUCUCAGCAAUCGGCCGCCAGAGUCAUUGUUGGAUUGACAGUUGGCUUUUCUGCUAUUGGAAUAAUAUACUCCUUUGGCGACGUAACCAUCGCACACUUCAAUCCUGCAAUCACACUUACAGCAAUACUGACAGGUAAGAUCGGGAUCUUUCAUGGGCUAGGAUACAUAUUGGCUCAGUAUGUAGGGUUCAUGCUUGCUGUGUGUGCUCUCAUCCCAUGCUCUCCUAUUGGAUAUAAGGAAACACUGAACAUAAUAAGACCUGCACCUAGUUCCUUUGGAGGAGAUAAUCUCAAUGUCUUCUUCACAGAGUUCUUUCUCACAGCAAUCUUUGUUCACAUCGUCUUUGCAGUAGCUGUGAAUCCAUACAAACCAAAGGUUGAUACCGAUGGAAAGUUUGUGGAUCCCGAUGAGAAGGAGCCUGUUGAUCGCAGAAUUACCGCACCUCUGUCCAUAGGACUGACACUUGGAUUCCUCGCAUUCCUAGGCCUGGCAAGCUCUGGAGGUGCAUUCAACCCUGGACUCACAUUUGCUCCCGUGAUAAUGUCAAACACAUGGACACACUUCUGGCUUUAUUUUGGAGGCCAAUACUUAGGAGGUUUUGUGGGAGGAUUACUUCAAGUAUUUGUGUUAUAUAAGCUUAGCUCUAACUAG